AUGUGCAACUCCUGUUGUGGAUCCUGCUGCUCUGGCCAGGGCUGUGGCUGCUGCCAGCGCAGGUGCUGCCAGACCACCUGCUGCAGGACCACCUGCUGCCACCCCAGCUGCUGCUGCAGUCCCUGCUGUGGUGGGGGCAGCGGCUGUGGAGGUUCCAGUGGCUGUGGUGGGUACAGUGGCUGUGGCUCCUGCUGCUGCCGCCCCAUCUGCUGUAGGACCACCUGCUGCAGGACCACCUGCUGCCGCCCCAGCUGCUGUGGCUCCUGCUGCUGCAGCCCCUGCUGUGGUGGAUGCAGUGGCUGUGGUGGCUCCAGUGGCUGCGGUGGGUGCAGUGGCUGUGGCUCCUGCUGCUGCCGCCCCAUCUGCUGUAGGACCACCUGCUGCAGGACCACCUGCUGCCGCCCCAGCUGCUGUGGCUCCUGCUGCUGCAGCCCCUGCUGUGGUGGAUGCAGUGGCUGUGGAGGCUCCAGUGGCUGUGGUGGGUGCAGUGGCUGUGGCUCCUGCUGCUGCCGCCCCAUCUGCUGUAGGACCACCUGCUGCAGGACCAUCUGCUGCCGCCCCAGCUGCUGUGGCUCCUGCUGA